AUGUCUUGUCGUAAAUGUAAUCAACGUCAUCAUACUCUUUUGCAUUUUUCUUCAAGUAAUAUAGAACGCGCCACUCAUAGUCCCGAAUCAGCUUUACCUUCAACUUCUCGUGAAAAUAGCUUUAAUAAUAAACCUCACUUUUCUGGUACACCUUCUAAAACUGUAUUUUCAAAUCGCGAUGAGAAUUCUUCGUUGAAUCAGAGCUUCGCUGCGACAGGCUUGUUAUCUAAAUCUACAUCAGUUCUAUUAGGAACCGCGGUUAUCGAAGUAUUAGAUAAGUUUGGUAUAUAUCAAUCAAUGCGAUGCUUGCUUGAUCCUGGAAGUAUGACUUCAUUCAUAACAGAGAAGUCUGCUAAUACUCUUGGUUUACCAAAGGAAAGGGGACUUUAUGAAAUUCAAGGUCUUGAUAAUAUGGUUACAAACUCCGGGCAAGCUACCGUUACACUUUCAUUUCGACCGCUUAAUUGUCCGGAAUCAGUACUUAAUACUGACGCUAUUGUUUUACCUAAAAUUUGCGAUAGCUUACCUACUGCAAUUUUGCCAGCUUCUUCUUGGUCUCAUCUUAGCAAUUUGAAACUUGCUGAUCCGAAGUUUUAUGUACCUGGUCCUAUUGACAUUCUGCUUGGUGCUGAUGUAUACACAAAAAUUAUCCUAAACGGAUGUGUUCGAGGGAUUCACGGAGAACCAGAUCUUUUGAACACAAUUUUUGGGUAUGUUCCAAUGGGUAAAAUAGGUACAUUUUGUGAAACGUCUACUGUAACUUCAUUCUUUUGUAAUUCGCAUAAAAUUAAUACUGAUGAUAUUCUUACAAAAUUUUGGGAAGUAGAGUCAGUUCCUCUUUUGCCUAUGCUGUCAGAUAAUGAUCUUUUUUGUGAAGAACAUUUCUUAAAAACAUACCAGAGAAAUUCCGAUGGAAAAUUUGUAGUGCAUCUACCAUUCCGCGAUAACUUUCCUACUUUCCCCGGUAUUCGUCAACUUGCUGAACAGCGAUUUCUCUCUUUAGAACGUCGUCUAUUAAAAGAUCAAGAAUUGUAUAAAUCUUAUUGUCAAUUUAUGAAAGAAUAUCUUGAUCUGGGACAUAUGAAACCUGUCAGUCAUGAAACUGAGUUAUCUUCCGCUUCGUAUUAUAUUCCGCAUCAUUGCGUUUUAAAGCCUCAAGCUAGCUCAACCAAAUUGCGAGUGGUUUUCAAUGGUAGUGCGAAGCUCCCGAACCAAACCUCUCUCAACGAUCAUUUGUUUACCGGACCCAAACUUCAAAAAGACAUUGUUGAACUCUUAAUUCAAUUUCGCUUUCAUGUGUACGUUUUAUGUACAGAUAUUAAAAUGAUGUAUCGCAAUAUAUUGAUCACUUCUUCUCAACAUCAGUAUCAGAGAAUUGUUUGGAGAUUUUCUCGUAAUGACCCUCUUCAGGACUACGAAUUAAUUACUGUCGUUUAUGGUUUAUCGCCUUCGCCUUUCUUAGCCUUACGCGCACUUCAGCAAUUAGUCCUUGAUGAAGGAGCAGAUUUUCCCUUAGCAUCUCAUGCGAUUUCAAAUCAUACUUAUGUUGAUGACGUGGUUACUGGAGCCACCACUUUCAGUGAAGCUCUCGCCCUUAAAAAUGAACUAAUAGCUUUGUUUUCUAAAGCUGGGCUUGACCUUAGAAAAUGGGCAAGUAACGAUCCCAAUCUACUGAGUGAUCUACCUUCUGACUUUUUAUCAACUACUCAUAUAAAUUUUGAUGAUCCUGAAUCAUCAUUAAAAAUUUUGGGUCUUCAGUGGAAUCCCACAACGGAUAACUUUCAUUUUCAUUUUAACUCUCUUGACAGACCUUGUACUAAACGAAACAUGUUGUCAGAAUUAGCUCGUAUUUUUGACCCGUUAGGCUUCUUAGCUCCUGUUACCUUUUUUACUAAAACUUUAAUCCAAAAGUUAUGGUCGUCCCAUAUGGAUUGGGACCAACAGCCCCCUGACGAAAUUAUCCGUAUUUGGACGCGUUACAAAAAUGAAAUGCACUUGUUGUCUCAAAUUGACCUUCCCCGGAAGAUCCUAUUUUCCGAGUGUGAGAAUAGAUGUGAGUUGCAUGGUUUUUGUGAUGCGUCUGAAAAAGGUUACGCCGCAGUUGUAUAUCUUAGAAUUUUGAGAAACAACAAAAAAAUAGAUGUUCAUUUAGUUGCUUCAAAAACUAAAGUUGCGCCUUUAAAGAAGUUAACAAUUCCCCGUCUUGAGCUCUGCGCCGCUGUUCUUCUUGCUAAAUUACUCGCAUAUUUAGUACCCAUUUUUAAAACUAAAAUAUCUUUAGAUAAAAUUAUUACCUGGUCUGACUCUAAUAUUGUUUUAUAUUGGCUUCACUCUCCACCUAGUCGUUGGAAAACUUUUGUUGCUAACCGAGUAGCUUAUAUUCAAGACAAGCUCCCACACGCAACUUGGUUACACGUUGAGUCCAAGAACAACCCUGCUGAUGUUGCUUCUCGAGGAAUAUUUCCAUCAGAGUUUGUAAAUUUUAGUACUUGGUUUCAAGGACCUUCUUUUCUUCAUGAUCCUGAUGCUAUGUUAGGUUCAACCUCCGCAUGCGCUUCUCUAAAUAGUACUUCCGAAGAAGAAAAACAUACUUCUUUUUUCGCCGCUACUUCUGAAGAGAACUUUAUUGACCUUCUUUUAGAAAAAUACUCUUCUUUCGCUACUCUUCAACGUACCGUCGCUUAUGUUUUACGCUUCCUUUUUAAUAUAAAAAAUCCCCGUCAAAAAAGAUCGGGUCCGCUCUUAACUGUUGAAUUAAAUGAAUCAUUUACGUGUCUUGUAAAAAGGACUCAAUCGAUUUGUUUCCAAUCGGAAUUGAUUUCUAAAUCUUUUUCUAAACCAUUACGUAAACUUAAUCCUUUUAUUGACGAACAAGGAAUUGUUCGUGUAGGUGUUGAACAUGAAAAUAUUCAAUGGCAUUUUAAUCCGCCCGCUGCCCCGCAUUUUGGGGGACUUUGGGAAGCUGGUGUCCGUUCAGUAAAAACGCAUUUAGGUCGAGUAAUCGGACAACAAGUCCUGACUUUUGAGGAAUUAUAUACGACCCUGACCUUGAUUGAAGCUGUAUUAAAUUCACGUCCGCUCAAUCCCAUCAGUUCGGACGUCGAAGACAUUAAUGCGCUAACCCCUGGUCAUUUUUUAACUUUAGAGCCAUUGAACAGUUUACCUACGCCGAACUUUACUGCUGUACCAAUUAACCGUCUCUCUCGUUGGCAACUUUUACAACGAUUGCAUCGCGAUUUUUGGAACAGGUGGCAUAAGGAGUAUUUACAUUCGCUUCAACAACGCCAGAAAUGGCUUAAUUCCUCUGACGCUCCUUCUCUAGGAACGUUAGUUAUUAUAAAAAAUGAAAAUGCUCCUCCAUGCCAAUGGACCUUGGGUCGCAUAAUUUCGUUAAGUGAGGGGACGGAUGGUGUGGUGCGGGUGGCUCUGGUGAGGACAGCUAAGGGAACUUUGCAGCGUCCUUUAGUUAAAUUAUGUCCUUUACCCAGCAAUUAA